CACCCAGAUCCAAACUUCUUAGGGGGAAACCAUCGAUGAGUCUAGUACAACAGUGCAACUAAUUAGGUUAAGGCUGAGUGAAAUACCUUCCAUUCGCCCAACCAAGGUCUUGGUGGCCACAGAUCGAAGCCUUCUACUUUCUAGCUUGUACCUUUGGAGAGACCAUUCGAUCCUUUUAAAAGGUCCGGCCGAUUCUCCUAAUGCUUGAACGGCACUCAACAUCUUCCUUUUAGAACAUAAAAGCCUUUCUAUCCCCUCGUUAAAUUACACUUAUCAUUGAAGCUUAUCACUCAUCUCAAUCCUUCAAUUAAUUAACCAACACAAGCUGACUCGAGUCAAAUAUAUCAAAUAUUAGUCACUUGGAUUUUUAUUACGAUUCGUUCCAAGCAUUUACUAGCCAUCAUAUUCUUUACUUCACGAUUCAUGAUCCCCUUCUGUUGAAGCCGAUACAUUUCAACCCUUGAUGGGCUUAUAAUCGCGACAUUCCCCCUCUUAAUAUCAACUUAAUAUCGACUUAAUAACUCUAUCCUCUACUCUUUACAUCUUCAAUAUGUUCGAGAACUUUACUUUCGGCGCUGCCCCGACCAAUCCUUAUCAAUACGAUGAUGAUGUGCAACUAUCACCAAGAGACGACUCAUAUCCUAUCCCAAUAUCACCUUCCGACAAUUCAUAUCCUUUCUUCGAUGAUUAUAAACCUUCCACACCACUGGAUGACAUAAUCGAUCAAUUUCAUCACCAAUCACUUUCCUACGAAGAAGCAAGAAAUUUUCAAUCUCGACAAUACGCAUCUCCAACACCUUCCCUAUCUGGAGAUUCGGAGAUAUCUUCUUCGUCUUCCGACUCAACACAUUCUGUACCAAGUACACCUACCUCUCCUUACAGAGCCGGCGUUCUAGCAUGUCGAAGACUCCAACGUCAAGUUAACGUCCAACUUCAAUGUUCCACCUCUCAUAUUCGUGAUAUUAGUUCACUCGUCGAAGAUAUGUUGAGUAAUAACUCUCAAUGCAAUUUACAUCCAUCUCCUUCAAAAACUACUCUAGCAUCUUCGCCAAUGUCGACAAUGGUAGUGGAUCCUUGUACACAAAAUGAGUGGAAUGAUAGUGAAAGUGAAAAGGCGAGGAGAAGAUGGUUAAAUAUCGUUGUGAAUGAUAUUGAUGUUGAUGAGCUUUAUAUGGAGGGAGAUCAUUGGGAUCGGGAAGAUGCUUGUCUAUCCCUCAGAAGAGCAAGUACUCCAAUUGGGAUUAAAAAAUUGGGGUUGAGGUGUAAGACGAGUUUGGAUUGUGUGGGGGGUGUUAGGAUGAAGGUUGCUAGGGGGCCGAGAAUGAAAAUGAGGAUGGGAAAGGUGGGGAGAGUGGUUGAGUAGUGGGGUUUUAUACCUUGGGUGUUGUGUUUUUGGGGGCGGGAGAGGUUGUUGAUGUGUUUGGGAUGGUCGCAGUAAUGUUUCUGUCGAGAUUUAAUUUCACUUUUAGGUUGGAAAAUUGGCGUUCGGCACUCUGGCACUCUGGCACUCUGGCACUCUGGAUGGCUGGAUGGAUGGCUGGCUGGCUCGAUGGAUGGAUGGAUGGUUGGUUGGAUAAAUGAAUGAAUAUAAGGAUGAGCCCCACGGCUAUUCAGUCAUACUGGGAAUUGAAUCGGUAAUGGAAUUGGAAUUGGCAUAGGACAGGAUGACUUCUUACAUACCUAUCUUUAUUUACUCGGCUGCUGGGCUUGAACUUUCUUUCAAAACAUAUCAUAUACCCUGGGUUAUUAGAGACAGUUAGAGACUGGACUGUUUAAUUAGAUAGAAGAGGAGAGAUUUCAAUGAUGAAAUUCUAAAGAUAUUUAUUUACUUUAAAGACUGAAUAUAUUUCUUGCAUUUUUAUAAUUACAUUUCGUACUUUGUAUUUCGUAUAAUAUAAUGCUGUUAAUUAGAUUAGUAUAGAUUAAUCUGAUGAAUGAAUAAAUGAAUGAAUU